UUGGUAUCGAGUCCUCUAGGUGUGAUGUUUUAUGUCAUAUCCUCCAUUUCUUGUAAAAAGUUGUGAAACUUCUCAAUUUACUGCGAUGGCGGGAGAUACAGGGGCAUAUUUUUAAUAAGGAAAGAAGUGGACUUAGGUGUAUGCUUUUUUAUGAUAAUUGAAUGAAAGAUUGAAGAGUUUGGCUUCUGACUCCUUAUUUUCAUUUCUUGAGCUAUCCCUGGUGGUAGGUCCAACUUUUUCACCAUAAUUCUGCUUGCUUCUCAUCAAGAUACAUUUCAUCACAGGCAUGAAAGAAUGAAGGUCUCACAGUAGAAGGCCAGAGUACUGAGUGAAAUAUUUCAGAAGAUAUUAUUCUUGGUGCUACAGAGAUCAUAUCAUAAAGGUCCUGUUCUCCUGAGCUCUCAUCUCUGAUACAAGCCUGAAAGAAGAGUAAAUGAGGCAGAAGAACAAUAUUACAGAAUUUGUCCUCCUGGGCUUGUCUCAAGAUCCUAAUGUGCAACAUGCUUUAUUUGCCAUAUUUUUACUUGCAUAUAUUGUAACAAUGGUAGGCAACCUGCUCAUUGUGGUGACUGUUAUUGCCAGCCCUUCCUUGGGCUCCCCAAUGUACUUCUUCCUUGCCUGUCUCUCAUUUGUAGAUGCCAUAUAUUCCACCACAAUUUCUCCCACAUUGAUCGUGGACUUACUCCGUGAUAAAAAGACUAUUUCCUUCACAGCUUGCAUGGGCCAGCUAUUUAUAGACCAUUUUUUUGGUGGUACUGAGAUCAGCCUCCUGGUCGGGAUGGCCUGUGAUCGCUAUAUGGCCAUCUGUAAGCCCCUGCACUAUUUGACCAUCAUGAAUCGACAGGUUUGCAUCCUUAUGUUGGUGCUGGCCAUGAUUGGAGGUUUGGUACAUUCUGUGUUUCAAAUUGUUGUUGUGUACAGUCUCCCUUUCUGUGGCCCUAAUGUCAUUGACCACUUUUACUGUGACAUGUACCCAUUAUUGGAACUGACGUGCACUGACACCUACUUUAUAGGCCUCACUGUGGUAUUCAAUGGUGGAGCAAUCUGUAUGAUCAUCUUUACCCUUCUUCUAAUCUCCUAUGGAGUCAUCUUAAACUCCCUUAAAACUUACAGUCAUGAAGGGAGGCAUAAAGCCCUGUCUACCUGCAGCUCCCACAUUGCCGUAGUUGUCUUGUUUUUUGUUCCCUGUAUUUUCAUAUAUGUUAGACCAGUUUCAAACUUUCCUGUUGAUAAAUUUAUAACUGUGUUUUAUACAGUUAUCUCACCCAUGAUGAAUCCUUUUAUAUACACGUUGAGAAAUUCAGAGAUGAGAAAUGCUAUAGAAAAACUCUUGUGUAAAAGUUAGCUACAGAAAAUGAAACACCGCAUAUUCUCACUCAUAGGCGGGUGAUGAAAAAUGAGAA